AUGAGCACCACGAGCCAGCCAAAGACUGAAGAGCGAACCGUAACCUGGCAGAAGAUUUCCGAAUGGCAGUUCGACAACCAGUAUAUUCUCAGGGGCUAUCGACUACCGAAAGCAGACUAUCUGGAGAUCCUCUUCAGCUUAACCUUUUUGCACAAUGAGUCUUGCAAUGUAUACACUCAUCUGAUCGGGGCUCUACUCCUGCCACUCGUCGCAGCUACUCUCCUGAGGUACCUGGCAGAGCCUCAGUUUGUCAAUGUCUCGUCCAUGGACUACUCUAUGUUUGGAAUCUACCUUGGGUGUGCAGAGAUCUGUCUGGUCCUUAGCACACUGUACCACCUGAUGCAGCCUCACUCACAUCAAGUAGAACAGUUCUGGCAUGGAAUGGAUCUGCUUGGUGUUGUCAUUGUGACAGUUCUAACCACGGGUACAGUCACUAGUGUUCUAAUCUCGAAUCCCUUAUUCAAAAUGCCAGGCUGGCGGAAAGUGAAGGCGGGCACAUUCGUUAUUUUUGGCUCUUCAUCGUUUAUACCCCUAUUGCAUGGAGUCCAACGAUACGGGCUUGAAUAUAUGCUUCAAUACUUGGGAAUGAAAUGGUACCUGCUCGAGCUUACUUUCUAUGGGAUUGGAGUCAGUGUAUACGCGUUUAGAUUUCCGGAGCGUUUGGCGCCGGGUAAGUUUGAUAUAUGGGGAAGCUCGCACCAGAUCUUUCACGUUGCUAUCUUAUGCGCAAUGUAUACACACCAGGCUGCUCUGCUGUGA